GCGGAACAUGAAGCUUGGGACUGAAAAGGGCAUAAUUCAAUACUAUUUAAGAACAGAAUGCCCUGAUUAAUAGCAUUUGAGUUUGCAUAUGUUUUGAUUAUUCUUACAUUUGAUUACAUUAUCGCCACUUUAAAAAAAACUGGACGCAUUUUUCUCUGAUAGGGGUAAUAAUCGUUAUAAAGUUCAAAGAUAACGUCGAACCUUACGAAUAAGUUGAAUAUAUUUUACGAGCUGUAUUAUUAGAGCAUUUUAUUGUUUUCAACAUCGUUUACCAAGUAAAACAACAUGAAGUGCGUCAUUUGGUUUAUUGUCAUGAUUGCAGUUAUCGUCGAGAAGAUCGACAAUUCCAGUUCUCAAUUGGAAGAAAACAAACCAUUGCCACCAAUAGCUGGAAGUGUGUCGGCCGAUGCCAUUAGUGAUACCACCAUCGAAGUGCAAUGGAAACCGGAUGAAAGACAAGUUAGAGACUAUGAUGGUUUUCGAAUCUUCAUAGCACCACCCGACGAGGACAGUAACGUUAAUUUCCUUGUAUCCAAAGAUGUACAUAUGUACAUUAUAACUAGAUUAUACCCGGGAAGGUUGUAUAACAUAAGCGUUCGAUCUGUUGUUGGAUCUGAGGAGAGUCGAGAUGUCUACGCUAACGGGGGCGAAGGCGAAAUGACAAAACCAAGCCGUCCUGGAGAACUUAGCCUGGUGAGGAAAUCGCCGACAUGGUCACCAUACCAUAUGUACAUAACGUGGAAUAACUCAUUGAGUGAGAAUGGGGUAGACCGGUACAAUGUGUCAUUAUUAUGCGGAACUGGCUACAUUUGCCCUGUUGAACGGCUACGAAAUAACCAUGGCGUAAAUAUAACAGGCCUACGGCCGGGGAUAGCAUUUUGCAUCCAGGUCACAGCCGAACUUCGCAAUCGCAUGAGUGAUCCACGUCUCAAAUGUUUUUACACAGACGAACUACAACCUCAAAAGCCAGAAAAUGUAAAGGUCAUUGGGACAAAUAUAAAUACAAUGUCGAUAGCAUGGAACAGUCCAAUUGUCCCAAAUGGCGUCAUACGCCGUUUCGUCGUGCGUUACAAGGUGUGCCCAGAAAACAGCACAUUUAUUGAGAGAAAUGUCGGAUUGAGGACACACUAUACAAUAACAGACCUGGAGCCAGGUCUUCCGUAUGAAUUCCACGUGUCUGCUGUUAACAGUAAGGGAUCUGGUGACCACUCUGAUCCAACUAUAUACCCUACUGAUGAAUUCGUUUCUCAGAGCAUUUGUAAUUUUGAAGUGCCUAAUAUUACUGCAAGAAGUGCAACACUCAUGUGGGAGAAACCUGAGGUGUCAAAUGGAGUGAUUCGACACUAUGUAAUAAGAGUUCAACAUUUUGGAAUAUGUCAGAGAGCGAUCAUAUUCAAUGUCACACAUACACCGCCAAAUGAUAAAAGAUGCUGGAAAGAUCGGCGUUAUAAAGAUCUUGAUGACCCUGUACCUUUGCCAGAUGGUGUCGGUGAAAUUAAGAAAUGCUCUAGGUUUGAACAAGGAGGCAUCGUUAAUUACGAUGAUCAAGUUGUAUAUGCAUUGCUGGGUUUAAUUCCCUUUCACAAUUAUAGCAUUGUGGUUGCCUCUGUCAACUAUUUCACUAAAAGGAUUGGAGUCGGCAGAGUUAUCGAAUUACACACUCCGGAGGACAAACCCGAUGGUUCACCAACAGAUCUCAAACUAUCAGCCGUGUCAUCAACUAGUUUAAAUAUAACCUGGGGCAGAACGAAGCUGCCUAAUGGCAUAAUUACAAGCUACACAUUGGUGUAUCGGGAGGCUUCAGGUACAGAUAAUGUAAAGAUCACCACAGAUGCGGACUUCGUAGGGAUACAGGGCCUUAAAGUAUAUACAAAAUAUUUAGCCAAAGUGAGGGCGCAUAACGCAGUUGGUUGUGGACCAUGGAGUAAUGAAUCAUUUGGAUACACUGGCGAGGAAGCUCCCGGGGAUGCUCCGACUGGCAUAGUUUUAAUACCACGUGGCAGGUCAUUUGCAGUUAGAUUUAACACACUGAGUAGACCUAAUGGAGUUAUUACUACCUAUGAAAGCCUUAAUCACAACUUAGAUUCGAACAUAAGUUAUACACAAAAUUACACCAUUCUUUCUACAGCAACAUUAUUAAAAAACAGCGAGGUUAUUACAAUAACUGACUUAGAACCAUUUACAAACUAUAGUAUAAGGAUCAGAGCGUAUACAAGUGUAGGGAGUGGUCCAUGGAGUGAACCCGUUUUUCAAACUACACUCGAGGCAGCACCUGGAAAAGUAUCCAAUUUUAGUGCCUGGCCGGCUAAUUACACGACUGUCCAUUUAUCAUGGGCUCCACCAGUGAAACACAAUGGUAUCCUGAGAGAAUUCAUCAUCAUCAUUUCAAAUGGCAAAAAGAACAAUACAAAAAGGGUUACAGCUAAAACAUUAGAUUACACUGUUACUGGAUUACAUGGUUACACUAACUAUACCUUGGGAGUAGCAGCGGUAACUACUGAAGUCGGGGUCAUUUCCCUACGCAAUAUUCACACUCCAGAAGGACCUCCUGAUGAUGCACCUACAGACAUAGAUCUAAUUCCACAAAGCAGAUCAUUUACAAUCAGAUUUUACACACCAAAGAGACCAAAUGGAAUUAUUACUGUUUUUGAAACCCAUAUCCAUAAUUUGGAUAUGGGAUCACACAAAAGAGAAAAUCACACCGUGCCAUCGAUGGAUGUAAUCAUUUCAAAAACCGCCGAAACAUUUACAAUAAAAGGUUUGGAGCCAUUUACAAGAUAUAGUGUACGAGUUAGGGCAUAUACACGUGUGGGGACUGGACCAUGGAGUGAUGUGGCCAUUAAAAGGACAUCACAAGCAGCUCCAGAUGACGCCCCUACCAACUUGAUUAUCAUCCCAUUAGCCAGAUCAUUUAUGAUUAGGUUUGAACCCUUGAAUAAACCGAACGGGGUUAUUACCACUUACGAAAGCUUUAUUCAGAACCUGGCUACAGAGACAAAUCAAACACAAAAUUAUACAGUCUCCUCUAGAAAUGGACUGCCUUUAAGUAUCGAUGCAAGAAUUAACAUAACUGACUUAGAACCAUUUACAAACUAUAGUGUAAAAGUUCGAGCAUAUACUUAUGUGGGAAGUGGUCCAUGGAGUGGUCUUGCAUAUCAAACUACAUUAGAAGCAGCUCCUGGACACGUAUCAAGCUUCGGGGCCUAUCCGAUUAACUACACGACUGUCUAUUUAACAUGGAGCCAUCCUUUAGAGCGAAAUGGUAUUCUUAGAGGAUUUGUCAUCAUUGUAUCAAACGGUACUUGGCAAACAACAAGAGUUCAACAUACUACCAUGGAGUAUUACGUAGUGGGUUUACACGGUUAUACUAACUAUACAUUUGGUGUAGCAGCAGUUACAAUAGACGUCGGAGACGUAGUCGGUAGACAAGUUCAAACGCCAGAAGGUCCACCAGGAGAUGCACCUACGGAUUUAGUUAUGAUACCACAAGAUAAAUCAAUUAUAUUGAGAUUUUCUCCACCAAGUAAACCAAAUGGAAUCAUUGUGGCAUAUGAAAGCCAAAUACACGAUUUGGAAAGAGAAAGAAACAAAACUCAGAAUUACACUACCUCUGUUACAUUAGUAACUAAUCCGAAUAACGCCCAAAGCCUUAUGAUUAGUGGCUUGAGGCCAUUUACAAACUAUAGUGUAAAGGUCAGAGCAUAUACAAGGGUGGGAAGCGGUCCUUGGAGCGAAACAAUCACGCAAAAUACACUCAGAACAGUGCCUCGACCGAACAUACGGGUUGAAAUGAUUGCAGGAAUUACAGUUGGUUUAAGUUGUCUUUUGGCAUUAAUGAUCAUUAUCGUUGCGAUUGUCGUAAAAAAGAGAAGGAUUGCAUCAAAACAAAAAAGCACCGGGGACAUCGCCCAUUCAGAAGAACCCCAUACAGGCAUUGAUAAGCAAAACAAUAAUGAAAUUCAAACGCAACCAUGUCAUCCCAAUGGACACGAUUCUGAUGCUAUUGAUAAUGUACGAAUACCUGUUGAAAAGCAAAUAAAGCUACUACUAUGGUCAUUAGUAAUGAAAGACACUAGUACUACAGCAUGAAUAAUAGAAGAAACUAUGGCAUAAUGGGAGACAUUUCAGUGUUUUACUGAACGGGUUUCACAAAAAGGAGUGCUUAACGAUAUGAAGACUAAGUAUUAUUAUAGCAAUGGCACAGGGGUAGCCGGGUUAAUAACCGGACACUCCUUCGCAAGACGACCUUCCUUGGUGGCAUAAUUCAUUAAAUGUUUCAUCAUUGAAAGAGCACAACUUGCCAAAUAAUUGUUAGAUUUACUGGAUAAUAAAAUAAUGUUUGUUAAUUUUAAUCAAUUCAACGUUCAUGUUAUUGCAGUUUAAAAGUUUGAACCUUAACCUUGACUUUUAUUAAAGUUUGCGAGCAUUUCAGUAAACUCUCUUUCUCCCAACAGCCAUAUUUGUUUACCGAAAUAUUGACAUGGGUUCUGAAUUAUUUUUUCUCCAAAUAAAUAUGAUAUGAGAUGUUGAAAACGACGUUUCUGGUAUGUUCUUCAAAUAUUUCUUUAGGUUUCUGCAAGAGAGCGUGGAAGACGUCGUGGCACAACGCUUCCAAUUUUUUCUUACGCAUUUGAAAAUCAGAUUGCCAUUUCAUGUCCCGUUAUGAGCCAAAUGUUGUUCAAAAAGUUGUUUACGGUUUUUGUAUCACGCAUGCCUUUGAUUUCAAGUUACAACCUGAAUAGGAAUAUAAUAUAAUGUAAAAUUGUAUUUUAAAGUUAUAAAGUCG